GAUCAUCAAUCAGGAGUAUUAGCUGAUCCUAUUCAUCAGCCACAGAUGUACGUUGAGGAAACACUUCACCUACUGGACUUAAUACAGAACAUGUCAUUAGUCGAAGCUGAUAUUGAAGAGAAUCUUAAAGUAGCCAAUGAUCUAAAGACAGCUUUAAGAACCCAACCACUGAGUUUUGUAUUGCAGUUCAUUGAUAUGAAUGGAUUGGAGUAUUUACUUGAUUUCUUAAGAUCAAUGAAUAAUGAUGUCAGGCAGAGUCAACUUCAUUAUAUCAUUCUUGGUUCCAUUAAAGCUCUCAUGAAUAAUUCCGAUGGCAGAGCUCACGUAUUAGCACAUCCGACUGGUAUUACAGUAAUAGCUCAAAGUCUUAAAACUAAUAAUAAUAAAAUUAAAAUAUUAACCCUUGAAAUCCUUGGUGCCGUCUGUCUGGUGCCAGGAGGUCAUAAGAAGGUACUCAAUUCAAUGGUCCACUUUCAACAGUUUGCCUGUGAGAGGACAAGAUUCCAAACAGUAGUGAUGGAUCUUGCUCGUAGUCUUGAUGAAGAUGAUUCUGAUUCAGCUGCUCUACAAGUUGCAGUAUUGUCAUUCCUUAAUGCACUCAUUAAUUACAAAGCAGGAGAGGAGAGUCUUGAGUUCCGUCUUCAUUUAAGAUACGAGUUUUUAAUGUUAGGUAUUCAACCAAUCAUAGCCAGACUGAGGUUCCUAGCCAUACCACAGUUGAUUAAACAUAUUGAGAUAUUUGAAUUUGUACGUAUUGAAGAUGAGAAAGAGUUCACAGCUCAACUGAACAUUGUGAGUUAA